AUGGGCCAUCGGACCAAAGGCGCAUUGGAGAACGCCAUUGACGGGAUGAGGAAGAAGAAGAUGGAUGCGAAGGAUUACAGUGACAGACUCCGAGAAGGCGAAAGGAAAGAGAAGGAGAAGAUGAAGACGGAUGCGAAGGAUCAUAGUCACAGAAUAAGGGAAGGCGCAAGGAGAGAGAGGGAGAAGAUACGAAAGAGUGAACCAGAGCGUGUCAGAUGGGCCGAACGGAAACCUGAAAAGACGCAGGGCGAUGAAUCGAAACAAAUGGCUGCUGAGAAGGAAGCACGGGAACGCCAUCGUCGCGAACAAGACCAGCGUCGUCGUGAACACGAGAAACGGCGACAAGAGGAAGACAAGAAGAACAACCGUAGCUCGCCGAUUCCUGAGAUUCGUGUUCAGCCUCCUACGGCUAGUGGGACUCCCCGCCGUGAACAAGACGAGCUUCGUGAGAGACAAAGGCAAGAUGAGAAGCGAAAGCAAAUUGAGGAACAAAGGCAGGAGGAGAAGCACUGGCAGGAUGAGAAGCGCAAGCAGGAUGAGAAGCGAAGGCAGGAUGAAAAGCGAAGGCAAGCCGAGAAGCGAAGGCAAGAGGAAGACAGGAAGAAGAACCGUAGCUCGCCGAUUCCCACGGUUCGUAUUCAGCCUCCUGCAUCUAGUGGAACUCACAUUCCCCAGUCAAAUCCGGUGGCUCGCAAUUCUCAGGCCCCUACUGCUCUGAAGUAUCCUCCUCCACCGGCUCCAAGACGGCCGAGCAGACCUAUCCGUUCCAAUACUCCUCCUAAUCGUACACCCCCAAUUGCUCCAGUAGCGCAUGACUGGUAUGCGCAACCCCCUGCUCCGGAAGAGCAAGACUGGUAUGUGCCACCAGCCCAGCCUCCCGCGUCUGAACACGGUGCAGCAGCAGGCUACUACGACCGAGCUCCAGGUUCGCCGAUGCCAGGGAGCUAUGGAAAUUAUGGAGACAAUGAUUAUGAAGACCAUGAUUAUCUGGAGCAUGGAGGGGAUGAUGAACAGCCCGCUCAUGAUCAAGUGCCGUACCUGGGCACACGCCCUUCCCCUGUUAUGGCUGUUCAAUAUCCGGAGAGCGUUCCUUCUCCUAUUAUGGCUGCUCAAUAUCCAGAGCGCGUUCCUUCUCCAACUAUGGUCGCUCAAUAUCCAGAGAGCAUUCCUUCUCCUGUUAUACCUCCAUACCCGGAUACGCCUCCUUCUCCUGUUAUACGUUCAUAUGCAGAUACACCUCCUUCUUCGGAUGUAUCAGAGGGUUCUUCAGGGUCGUCGUCACCAAUUAUGUCGCAUGCAAUACGCGCCCCUUCGCCACCAAAUCGUUUCUCACCCGAGUUCUUACAAAGCAUCCCGAUGCCAACUCCCCAGCAAGCGGCAUCUCCCCCAAUCCCACCACCGCCGCCACCGCCCCCUCCUCCAGUUCCACCUCCUCCUCCGCCUCCACCAGCAGCAAGAUCACCUCCUCCACCUGGACCCCCUCCACCACGCUUAGCGGGACCACCCAAUAUGGCCGCCAUAUUUGGCGAUAUCCUUGGCCCACGCAAACUACGUAGUGUGGCAGCUGAAGAGAAAAAAGACUGUAGUGUUAAUCCGAACGCGGGCAAGGUAUUGUACGAAGAAACAGCACACAGUCGCGAGGUAGAAGAGCACGAGCGAGCUCAAGUCAGGGACGCUGGUAACCGUCUGCCAGUGUCAGGAGCUAGUGGAUGGAGUACCGCUUACUCCGCAAAAGAAGAAGCCGAUGAUCGACCAGAACCUAACAGGGCGUUCAGAGAGGAACUAGCGAGGAGAUUGGGCCAAGGUAUUGACACUUCUACGACGGGGACCUCAAGGGGUUCUGGCGAUAGCUUACUAACAGCAGGCUCUAGGACGUCGAUGAGUGCCAAUGUGUCGCGGAAGCUGCAGGAUGAGAGUAUGUCGACAUAUCCCUAG